CGGGGGGCCGGCGCGGGGGGCGGGAGCUGCCGGGGGAUAAAAGCGCCCGUGGCCGCCAGGGCAGCACCCAAGGGGCCUCCGCAGCCCGCAGAGCCCUGCCCAGCUCCAGAGCCACGAUGAAGGUGCUGGCGGCGGCGCUGCUGCUGCUGCUGGGCACCGGCUGCCUGGAAGGUGCCGUGGUGAGGCGGGAGGCCGAGCCCCCCGGGCCCCCCGGCCCCCCCGGCGCCGAGGCCGACCUGGAGAGGCGGGUGGAGGCGGCCUUCGAGGCGCUGGAGGGGCAUCUGCAGACCUUCUCCGACUACAUCACCAAGGAGCUGCCCAGCAAGCUGGAAGCCGAGAAGAUGAAGCAGCAGGCCAAGGAGUACCUGGAGCGUGCCGGGCAGCACUUUGCGCCCCUGGCCACCGAGCUACGCACCAACGUCCUCGAGCUCUUCGCCCAGCUGCUGCACGUUGGGAAGCAGGCGGUGACACAGCCCUGAGCGGUGCCCGCCCGGCCCCGGUGCCCCAAUAAAGCCCUCGAGCCGCC